AUCGGUCCCACCAGUAACCGUCCACAUUUCUCUUUGUCAAGAGCAAGGUUCUAUAAAGUAUUUUCAACUGUUCUCCAUAUUCUAAUUUUAUUUUUUCAAAUUACUGGUCCCCAAAAUUUGAAAAUUACUGAGAAAAAUAUGUAAUUUUUAAACAAUUGCGCAAUGAGUGAUUCUAAGUCCCAAGAAAGACUUGCAGGGAUUCUGCAAUGAUAAAACGAUGAAAUAUUUAGUUAAAAUGUGUUGGUCUUUCGACCUUUUGACAGCGAUUAUUUGCUUUUUGUUCAUUUCAAGAGUUCAUACUCAGGAGGACAAUGAAGAAUAUAAUGGAAAGUACCUUGGAAAAUUAAAUACCUAUCACCAUCAAGUAGGCGGUGACGUCUACGUUGUUGACGAAUUUACAUUACUUUUUAAAAAUUUCGUUUAUGAUGGAAAUGGAGGAGAUACAUUUUUUUGGGCUGGUAGCACAAAUCGGCCAGGGCCUCAAGGAUUUAUUGUUCCUGACGAAUGGGGAAAGACAAAUUUACUUGGCCCCUACUCAAAUCGAGAUUUUACACUGACAUUGCCUGAUAGUAAAAAAAUCAGGGACAUCAAAUGGUUUGCAGUAUACGAUAUAAAUAGUCAGAAUACUUUUGGCGAUGUGUACAUCCCGGAAGAAUUCGAUCCGCCAGGUCCUCAAAAGAUACAGCACUUUUCCACAAAAGGUAACGAUGUAUCUUCAGAUUCAGUUGAAAUAGUAGAUGCGAAAACACUGAGAAUUCCGAAAUUCACUUACAAUGGUAAAGGAAAAGACACUUAUUUUUGGGUGGGUGUUGGACCACAACCUUCCAGUAAGGGAACAAAAGUUCCUGACGAAUAUGGCUAUUUAGAGCCGUUGAGAGCCUAUAAUACGGAAGAUAUAACAAUUCAAUUACCAGGAAACUUUACUGUUUUCAACAUCGAUUGGCUCAGUAUUUACGACGUUGAAACAAAAUCCGAUUUUGGAUUCGUCAGUAUUCUAGAGGGUCUCAAUGUUCCGCCAUCUUUAGUUAAGAUUAUACCAACGAAGAAAAUAUUGGAAAACUUGGAUAACUGCGUUCAACUCCAUAGUAAUUACCAAAUGAAGUGGCAAGUUUUUGGGCCCCAAAUCACAAUUGGACUUAUUGGUCAAAUAGGAAAACAUGAUUAUAUGGCGUUUGGUCUUUCUGGGUCUGAAGAACACAGUCAAAUGGAAGGCGCAGAUGUGGCAGUAACAUAUAUGGAUGAUAUUCGAGGAUAUGCCUUGGACUACAACGUUACUGCUAAAGCACCUUGUGGAAAAGUUCUCGGCCAAUAUAAGGGAGUUUGUAAGGAUGAUCUUGUUGGAGGACUGGAUAGUAAUCAACUUAUUACUGCGUCAAGAGAAGAUGGACUAACAAAGAUCUCGUACAGACGUACUCUUAUUUCCUCUGAUAAUGGAGAUAAGACAUAUCCAACUGAUCGACCAGUAUACAUCGUCUGGGCUUUAGGAAGACUUGAUGAAAACAACGAACCCAAUUUCCACGACAUUUAUCCAAAAAAAGAUAUAAAAUUGAAUCUGGGUCGUACAGAUCCUGAAAAUUCUUGCAUGGAUUUCACAGUCAAUGACAACUCUAUAAGAGAGCCAUGGGAGAAGGCAGAUAUUGUCGAUAGAAGUAUCAGAACCUUCAAAGCAACUAUUGGUCCCUCAGGAGGCCGGAAAGGUUACCAAUCCAUAACUGGUCAAACAACUCUGGGCCUUGCUUGGUACCUAAAUGGCCAACUAAUUCCUGAACUCUAUCUACGUAGAGGCUUGACCUAUAAUUUUAGAGUUCAUGGAGGUAAUAAUCCUCAUAGUGCCGAAUUAUAUCAUCCACUUAUCAUAACUGAUGAACCACAUGGUGGAUAUGACAGGCUCAGUGAUAGUGCACAAAGUAGAGUACGAGUUCUCGCUGGAGUCGAAUUUACCAGGCGAGGCAGACCGAGGCCAACUGCAGUUGGCCCUUUGUGUUUGAGCAAGCACAGCGAUCGAGACAGAAGAUUGGACGAUGAUUUUCCCAGCUUUAAAAAAUUCAACAGAUCUUUGAUUCACACUUGCGAACCAGGAGAAGGUGGUAUUUUGGAAAUAACGCCGAAUUCGUCUUGGCCUGACUUCGUGUAUUAUAAUUCCUUUACUCACGCGAAUAUGGGUUGGAAAAUUCAUAUAAUUGACUCUUACACCAGAAGCGAAGGAAUUAUUCGUCAAUCUAGUUAUUUCAUAGCUAUUUUGUCAGUUUUUCUAGCCUUGUACAGAAGCUUUUAAUUUGGCCAUCCUGCUCAAAGUACUCAGAGAACAUAGUUUGUUGAGUAUACAUUUUUUGUAUUAUUUAUAAUAAGUUAAAAUGAAGACUACGAUUUUUGUUAUUUUAAAAUAAAAAAGCCUAAUUUAAAAA